GAAGUUAAAAGGGUUCUUGAAUCCAGGGGACGCAGCAGAGUCCCCCUUCUCAUCUUCACCGCCCAUUGUUGGUAGCGAUAGGGAAGACGAAGACGCAGCCGCGGGAGAGGGAAUGAGGAGGUUCGAAGUCGCCGAGUUCUGAGCGAUAGCCUCGCGAUUGAGUUGUCGAUUUACCGCGACAGAGUCGUUCUCUUGACCAGCACCAAAAUCAAUAAACGCUUCCUGAUUAGUGAUAUCGAAAUCGUCGUCGCUGUCGCCCUGAAUGACCAAACUCGGCGGACGAAGGUUCUGAAAAGAAGAAGCACCCUGAUAGUCCGACAUGUGUCUGCUGCUGUUUUCGGAUAUCGCGCCUCUUGAUUCGGUCUAGGUCGACGAAGAUCUCAGGAACCCCCUAUUUCUGAACUAGAGGCUUGAGGAAUUAUGUCAUGGGGGUUUUCCCAGAGUUUGGGUCGCACAAAGCCUGGUUUCGUCGAUGGCGCGAGUCGUGAAAAAGAAGCCUGAUGAUGAGUUGGAAUGCGUUGACGUCGCGAUAUCCAUUACUUUAGCCAUUAGGUUGUGGAGGUGGACCGAUGGGGGGUAGAUUAGGAUCUUUCAGGGGUACUCCGGAAGACGCAGGGGUUAAAAAGCAGCCACAGAGCACUAUCCAUGUCUGGAAUAGCGAGUUGAUAAAUCCCUUGUCUUUGAUGUGGCGUACAUGGACACAAGCCUCAAAGUAGUCGUCAUUAGCUUCAUGUGGUUCUAUCUGGCUUCAAUAAUUAUUCCAACGUCCAUAAUCUUGACAUAAACAACGACGGAAGGGUGAAGGAGUCAUGCAGCAAACUAUUCUCCUUCAAUAAUGUCAAUUCGCGGCAUUCAACUGUUGCCAUGAACCACUUACACUCGCUUCUUUGUUCCAACCCAACACCUCGACUACUACUCGUUCGAAGCCUGCGAUAGCAAUUCAAUAGGAUUGCUACGCUCGACAACUUCUUUACCUUCUCGUGAUGGAAAACACUUCUCAUAAUAAGCGGGAUACCUCACCUACGCCUUCUUCAUCCCACCGACGAACCCCCUCGAACUCGAGCAUACUAUCCAAGUUCCCCUUUUUGAGAACGUCCCCCGAAAAGCGACACAACCAAACCGAAAAUGCAAUUGACGACAAUGGCAUUCCAACUUCUCCUCGUCCGGCCGCGCGACCAUCAGCAAGCGUGAUACAAUACCAAAGAACUCGAAGACGAAGAGGAUCACUUAGGAAAGCGGCGCUACUUGGUCGAGGGGCACAACGUGAGCGUAGGGAAAGCCGACCGUUGAGCAUUGAUACUUCACAUGCUGCUGCGUUUGGUCUCGACCCUAAUGCUGUAAAAACUGAAAGCCCAUCAUCGAUAGAUUCUUUGGACUUGAACCCGACGUCGGCCAAUGGUCAACGGAACUUGGUCAAUGGAUUCACCCCUCUCCCUGGAGGACUUGGGACAGCACCCGUACUUCCUCAGAACGGCACAGCAUCACAAAUAACUCGCCCAAUAUCACUUGCGGAUCAAGAUGGGGCAUCUUAUACAUCAACGGACGAAGAAGAUAUGCUCCAGAUUCCGGGGAGCUCGUCAACAAUUCGGCAAGGCCUGUCUAUGUCAUCUGGACAGGAUUCGUACUUUAAUAGUCUAGGUUCGGCCUCGUCCCACGGACGAAGGCGUCCAGCCAACCGGGCAAAGUCGCCAUUAUCAUUUAGUGGUCUUUCAUCAAACACACUCCCCGCUCACGAAGACUGGGACUACGCAGAAACAGAAUGGUGGGGAUGGGUUGUCCUAUGCGUGACAUGGUUUGUGUUCGUUGUGGGAAUGGGAUCAUGUCUUGAUCUCUGGAGCUGGGCAUGGGACGUGGGAAAGACGCCGUAUGCGCCGCCAGAGUUCGAAGACGACGAUACUCUACCAAUCGUGGGGUACUAUCCAGCGUUGAUCAUCCUCACAGGCGUUAUGGCUUGGGUAUGGGUUGUUGUCGCUUGGGUUGGUAUGAAGUAUUUCCGGCAUGCCAAAAUUAGCGGCGACUGAUGCAAGCGUUUGGCUAUUUCUGGCUUAAUAUCUAGGCUCGAAUUGAGUUCUGACGAGGACUUGGUUUGAUGCUAUUAAUGAUAAUAAAUGACAACUUAUUAAUAUCUUUGAGUA